CUUCUCAGUUUCCUCUUCUGUGAUCCUUGUUCUUCAUGUGAGUAUCUAAACAGGUACUUGAGCUGUUAAAAAGAGAAUAUGUCUUACGUACCACCACAUAAACGACAUGAAAAUGUAGGAAUGAGAGGAUCCUCUGUUCCACCUUCUCUUCGUCCGAAGCUUAAUAAAAACCUCGGGAGUGCUGAUACAAAGUUCAUCAACGCGAAGGAUUGCAUUACUAGAUGGUUUCUCGUUUGUUUAGAAUCAGAGGACAACAACUUUCAACUGGUGCCUGUUUCUUCAUUAUGGAGGAGGGACGCUGAAGAAAAGUCUUUGGCAAUCUUAACGAAGAGUGAGAUUGGAAAACUGGAUACUCCAUGGUUAUGGUUGACAGAGAAGGUGGAAGAUGAUCUUAUAAUAGGAUUUGAUAGGGCAAAAAAGACGUUGCUACGUUAUGGAUCAGAGGAUGUCAAACCAAGACUGAUUGCUCGGUUUGGAACUCUAACAGAUGGUCCGUUAACUCAAAGCAUAUUGGAAAAAUUGAGGAAAACUUUGAUUACAGAUGUCCCAAAGUCUUAUUUCGAGAACAUUGGCUUUGGAGUAGUACACAAUAUGGGAUUCUGUGUUGAAGAACCCAAGGAGUUGUAUCAUGUGAAGGUAUCAGACAACACACGUCCUGAUGUAACCAUCUCCUGUAAAUGUAUGGUGGACCAACAAAAUAAAGGACUCAGUUUUUACAAGGCUGAGCUUAAUGCUUUGAGGCACUUAAAUCUUGACGUAUCAUGCCUUGAUCAAGAUCUUGACAUGAGGUUGCUAGUUGACUCAAAAAGGACAUUAACCAAUCUCUCUGAGACUGAGAUUAAGAAUCUUAAAGAUCUGACAGAUUCAGCGGUGAUAGAUCCAAAUGUGAGAGGCGGGUUAAAGUGGCCUCUUGGGAAAUCUUCUUGUGCGGAUCGAUACAAUGUCUGUGGCGUUUGGCAUACCGUAACUACGACAUACAAAAACGAAACUCUCAAGCUUCAGAUCAUAGAGGCUGACAGAUAUGAUUUCAGAACUGGAGUUGGAGAAACCACAAGGGAAGUGGAUCUCAAAGUUAAAGCCUUGAGCACUAUACUAGUAAAGGAGGAAAAUGUGGAGAGGAAGUGUGUUUCAGACAUGCUGAAAGCAGUUUGGGAUUACUUUUUGAAAGCAGUGUAGUGCAGUCACACUGUGUUUUUUUGGGUGUGUUUUCCAGUUUGUGCUACUUAACUCCAAACUUUACUGCUUUUUUCAGAUUUUGGUUCAUCUAAUACUUCGCAGCUUUUGGGACUGUAAAAAGUAUUUGAUAAAU